AUGCCGCUGCCUUCUACCUUGCUAUUGUCGUCACCGCUUACCUUGCUAUUGCCUUAUCUACUACCGUGCUCACAAGGUUUCUGUGUUCUGCCUAUUUACUGCCGGGCUCACAAGGCUUCUAUGUUCUGCCUUAUCUGUUGCUGUGCUCACAUGGUUUAUGUGUUCUGCCUUAUCUGUUGCCGUGCUCAUAGGGUUUCUGUGUUCUGCCUUAUUUGCUGCCGUGCUCACAGGGCUUCUGUGUUCUGCCUUAUCUGUUGCCGUGCUCACAAGGGUUUGCUCUUCUGUUUCUCCUGCAAACUUUGCUUUAGUUUGUCACUUGUUUCACUCGUGGUUGACUAA